AGAAAAUGCCCAGGAGUGCGAGCGUCGACGUGGAGUCCAAUGACGAAUCGAAAGGCAAAACACCAUUGAUCGGCGACGGCAAAGAGAAAAAGAGCGGAUUGAAGAAAGUAAUGGGAAUUAUGGACUUCAUCCUGAGACUUGCCGCCAUAAUUGCAGCUCUCGUCGCCGCUGCCACCAUGGGAACCAGCAACGAAACGGCGCCGUUCUUCUCUCGGCUCUUCCAUGUCCAAGUUAGCUACGGCGAUCUUCCCACGUUCCGGUUCUUCGUCAUUGCAAUGUCAAUAUUAGCAGCCUACCUCGUCCUUUCCCUUCUAUUCUCCGUUGUCACCAUAAUCCGUCCUAAUAUAGUUUUUCUAAGAAUCAUCUUAUUCAUUUUCGACAUCGUGGUAUUGUCCCUGGGCACGGCGUCUGCAGCGGCGGCUGCAGCCAUCGUUUACUUGGCUCACAGUGGCAACGCUGACACAAAUUGGUUAUCCAUUUGCCAACAAUUUGGAGAUUAUUGCCGGAAAGUGAACGGAGCCGUCGUGGCGUCAUUCGUCGAUGUUGUGUUCCUCAUGUUGUUGGUUUUGCUGUCUGGUUUUAUAUUCCUGAAAAGAGGCUAAAA